GGGAAAGAUUGAAGAAAAAGGUUUGUCUCAGAAGUCAGAGAAAGUCACACAACACGGUACCGUUUUAAGCAGCUGCAAUUAGAGUUUGAAGUUUGAACUGAAAAGAAAAACACAAACAAGUUUGAGUUUCUCAGAGAAAAAACCCUCGGAGGAAUUCAAAAGUACUAGGUUAUGGAAUAUUCAGAAUCUGCAAGUGCAGAAAGGGAGCAAACACAAGUCAAUGCUGCUUCCAGGAAGCCACGGAUUCUACUUGCUGCUAGUGGAAGUGUAGCUGCCAUAAAGUUCGGGAAUCUUUGCCAUUGUUUCUCAGAAUGGGCAGAAGUAAGAGCAGUCGCCACAAGGGCAUCUUUACAUUUCAUAGAUAGGGCAGCACUUCCUAAGGGUGUAGUUCUUUAUACUGACGAGGAUGAAUGGUCUAGUUGGAACAAAAUUGGCGACAGUGUGCUUCAUAUUGAGCUGCGCCGAUGGGCUGAUAUCAUGGUUAUUGCUCCAUUAUCAGCCAACACACUUGGCAAGAUUGCUGGGGGAUUGUGUGACAAUUUACUGACUUGCAUUGUGCGAGCAUGGGAUUACAACAAGCCACUCUUUGUUGCACCUGCCAUGAACACAUUCAUGUGGAACAAUCCUUUCACGGAACGACAUCUCAUGUCAAUUGACGAGCUUGGAAUUUCUCUCAUCCCACCCGUCACAAAGAGGCUGGCAUGUGGGGAUUAUGGCAAUGGUGCAAUGGCUGAACCUUCUCUAAUCUACUCAACAGUUAGGCUUUUCGUGGAGUCAAAGAUUCAACAAGGUGGCAGCAGUAAUGUUCAUUAACAAGUGUUGUAAAGCUGGAUUUUUUAGGGACAAGGGAAGGGUUGGUUGACUUGGUAUGAUUAACGUGCUGAUUUGUUGUGGUCCUAUGUUGUAUCAGGUGCAUUGUUGUUUUUUUCUUGCAUUUGGUCUCUUUAUGUGGGCAUAUUGUAUGUACUAUGUACAUUUUGAAUAUGCUAAUUAUUCUUAACACCAUGAUUAAUGUAUGCAUUUCAAUUCUUUCUGCCUCA